UCCGUCGGCACCCUCGCACACCCUCUCUGCCCUCGGCCGAGCCAACACGUGACUCGCACGCCCUUUCCAUUCGAUUUGCACGGGCUUACCACCGAGAUUCGCACCCUGCCCAAGGCCCAUCAGCCAACUCGCCUGCUCAUGAUGAGCUCUGGACCAAACAUCGGCUCGCCCUUUCCGGGCAGCUCAGAAUCCAGCAAACGAGGGCCGAUUCCACCCCAACAACCACCGGGAGGUCUCAACUUAAACGGCCCUCGAAUAUCCCCCGACUUCAGGAACGGUGACUUCCUCUCGCGGCUUUUGGCAGCGACCCCGCCAUACUUGUACAACAUUCCUCUUGUCCCGCAGAGUUUUUUCUUCAGUGACAUGCUCAAGAGCUUCGUCCAGAGCAGCAACAACAAUAACAACAACAACAAUGCGAAAUCCCACGAGAUGCCGCCGCACCCACCUCAUCUUCGAGACAGCCAAAUCGAGUUUCCUUCAAAUGAAAUGCAGAAGGACCUGCCAGGUCGGCCACCCCACCGGCGACGCAAACGCACCUGGCGUGAGGUCAGUGACCCUCCUAGGUUUGCAAUCGACCGGAAGCCACCGCCGAUCUUGGAUAAACCUUUGGAACUGACCACCAAACACGCUCCAGAGGAGAAAAUGGCCAGGCACGAGGGUCCGUUGACCCCGCCUUUCUCCUCACCACCUUUGGAUCAAAGCAGAACAAGUCCGUCUUCAACGACGUCUCCCCCUCUCCUACCUCCGCCUCCACCACCGUUGAUGUUGCCGAACCUACCUCACUGCGGGAUGCUACCUCUGCCAGACUUCAACCGUUUGGUCCCGACUAGCUCAGAUUCAUCUUCCUCCUCCUCCAUGCCCAGCGACCUCAUCCCCUCUCAUCUACCUCCGUUUCCACCGCCGCUGUGGUACCCAUCAAUGUACCCCGGCCUUGGUGGCCCGAGCCCCCACCACCAAACCCCCUAUGGAAUUGACCCGCUGCAUUUUUUCAUAGACCUCCGAGUAUCAGGACAUAUAUGGGACAGGAAGCUUCCGCCUUUCGGCACGGUCCCAUCCUCGAUGUCACCCCCGCAAGCAGGCCUCGACUGCACGAUUGACCGGGAGCGCCGGAACGGCACCCCCAUCGUCACCGAGCUGGAAAAGGACACCGAAGUCAAGUCGGGUGCCCUCAACCUCAGCUCGAGCAGCAACAAGCCAGGCCUCAACCUGUUACUCGGAAUGAAGAACUCAAAACACUCGUCUGCUUUCAGCGUGCCGGAAGCAAAGCCCCUGAUGAUGACCAGCAGGGCUCAUAAACGCAGGGACGACAUCUCGCCCAACGCCAACUACGUCCUGCAGAAUCUCAAGCGGAUCUACAAAAGCGUCAAGAUCGAGGACGGCGAGGAGAUGCCGGAAGCAGCUCAGGAAAGGGGAGAUGAGGAGAGAGAAUCGGAAGUGGACAGCAAGAGUUCCAAGACGGAGACUCCGGAGGAGGAGGAAGGGGAGAAGAAGGGCGAGUGCAAGGACCUGCCCGCCCUCAUUGGCCUCGAGCUGGUCGUCGACUACGUCAAGAAGCACGAGCCCAAACCUGGCGUGAAGAGAAGCACCCCUCCCAGCACCCCUCCUACGGGAGACGCGGCGCCAAAAAUGCUGGCCGUAACGCCCGAGCCAGAGCAGGCGGCCAGUCCGUGAGGUCCGGAAACCACUUCGGAAAAGCAUUUUCUGACGCCCUCGGGUGGAGCAGCUGCUGAAACUAAUUAAGCUAAUUGCACGCAGCGCACGUUUCAAUUUCUCAGUGUACAGUACAUCACAUAUAGGUGUGUAACAUAAUUAAGGAGCGAGUUGCUGGCGUUUGUUUGUUUUCGUUAUUUUCCCCCAACUCAUUUUCGCGGAAUGCUGCAUCAUUAUUUUUCGUUCGCCCCCUGAAGUAGCACUUCAUGGAAAUUGGCAAUCGACGCCCAAAUGUAAAAUUUCCCUCUGGCAAGGCAUAAUAAUUCCGGAAUUUUUCGCCCUUGCAAGUUAGUUUGGCGUUUGUUAUUUAUUCAUUCGUUCGCUCGUCGUCAUCACAUCAACAAAACUUCCAUCCAGCGCUGCAGACACCGUGUGUGUAUCAAUAAUUCUGUAAAUGUAUACCUCUUGUGUACGUGUGCUGUUUGUGAACGCAAAAAAACAACCAAUGGUGUAUAUAAAUAUGCAGACAGAGAGAACGAGAUAUAAAAUUUCAUCACGAUAGGAGUUGCUGGGAAAAAACAAAAAGCCUGAAAUAACAUCAGCAGUUUGCAAACUUUCCCCGGGAAACACAUUUAUUAAUGCUGUUGAUCAUUGUGCGCGAAUGCUUUUGUCCUCUUCUCUCUCGGCACAUGAAAAAAAAUAAUAAAUAAAUAUCCAUUCUCUUUCACCGUCAUUAUUUGCAUUCUGCGUGUAUACGGAUUAAAAGUAAUAAAUAAUAUAGCCGUCGUCAUUCAAGUGUUACAACAAUGCAUAGCACUCGUAUUAUGUAUAUUUUGUGUGGGAGAGAUGCGAGUGUGCACGUCGUCGUAAAUAAUCAUCACAAUAAUUCGGCGAAGCUGGAAAAAAGCGCGAUUUUCCCCUACACGUACAAUUCUCAUCUUUUCAUUUUUUUUUUUCAAAA